AUGGAUUACAACUAUGGACGUCAGCUUUUAACAUAUAGUGAAGACUACAGUUGUAUUAUGAACCUUUUGCAGAUGGAUUUGCUGCCACAUUUUGAGACGCGGCCUACAACGGUGCAGAAAGUUGUUGAUCCUUUUGUCGAUCUUGGUCAUCUAGUCAUCGUUGAUCGCGACAACAUCGAAGGGGAUGUCUCGGAAAAGCUUCUGUCUCGAGCCCGGAAUAAUGCGCAGUAUCUAUUCAACAAAAUUUGGGAGCUGAAUCGUAAACAUGUGGAAGAAGCGGUCAUGGCUGAGCUCCCAAAAUCAUCAUUCAUUCUGCCAAGAGAGAAGAAGAUUCCUGAGAAGAAAGAGCCGACAAAAUGGGAGAAGUACGCAGCAGCUAAAGGAAUCACCAAGAAGAAGAAGACCAAAAAGGUGUUUGAUGAAGCAACGAAAGAGUGGAAGCCAACCUAUGGUUACAGGCGAGGAAACGAUGAUACGAAAGAUUGGCUCAUUGAAAUUCCUGAUAAUGCUGAUCCCAACAAGGACUAUUUCGCUGAAAGAGUUGACAAAAAGAAGGAGCGAAUUGCAAAGAAUGAGACUCAACGGCUGAAAAAUAUGGCCCGACAACUGGGUUCUACAGUGAGAAAAGGACCCUCAGUUGAUCCUAGCAUCGGAGUUGGAGUAGCGCCAGAAGAAAAAUCCAAAGAGCAGUUACGAUUUGCUGUUGAUCGUGCAAAAGCUGCUACCGCUUCGGCAGGAAAAUUCCAACGUUUGGCC